UAAAGGUGCAGGUCAGGCCAAAGUGUCAAAGUCUUAUCUGCACAUGUGCACUGCUGAUUGUGUACUUGCAGGACAAUAUCUGUUUCUUCUGUAGCUACAUCCAUGGAGUGGUUACAGAUGCCACCCUUCCACAUAAGCUUACUGUUACUGGCUGGUUACCUGGUCACAGCCACCCACACAGGUGCUGGAGAUAAUCAAACAGCAUCCACUCCAGAACAGGAAGUUCCUUGGGUGGCAUGUGCUACGCUGGAGUGUGACAAGCCAUGUCCCACACUUCCACCCAGCUGUCCCUCUGGCAUCAUCAAGAAGUGUGGCUGCUGUGAUGUUUGCUGGAAAUACCUGAAUGAAGGACAGCUGUGUCGCAAGUUCCUUCAAGGAAACACACUGUGCGGUCCUGGUCUUGCCUGCAGCAGUAGUGGCUUAUGUGAACAUCUGCCUAAAGUUUCCAGCAGUGAGGAGGAGAGCUCUGAGUGAAUGACUACACUGAUAUUUAGAAGGUGACAUAAGAUUUAAAUAUGUAUCUCAGACAAUAAACAGAAUGUGUAAUGCAUCAAAACCAGUACUUUAGCAAAUAUAAAGUCCUGAAAUCAAGUGCUAAUAAACUGCCAACAUGUUCUGAUUGUACUCCUCAACCAAAAAUGUUUUAAAUAAGAGUUGUUGAAAUGGAUUUAUUCUUCUCAUAAGAUGUGUCUUGGACAAUUCAGAGAAUCUGUACUUGAACCAGAUAGUAACAUUGUUUUAUUGUUUUCAUCUUACGUUUGACAGAAAUAAUAUAAAUGGGAGGUAAAACACUGUAUGUUUCUCACAGAAUGAACUGAUAAACAGAUAAAUUUGUAGCUUAAUAUUAGACACUGAGGUGACAAAAGUCAUGGGAUACCUCCUAAUAUCAUGUCAGACUUCCUUUUGCCUGGUGUAGUGCAUGGACUCAAACAAGUCAUUGAAAGUCCCCUGUAGAAUUAUUGAUCCAUGCUGCCUCUAUAGCCGUCCAUAAUUGUAAAACUGUUGCCAGUACCUCUUGAUUCUGUCCCAUAAAUGUUCAAUGGGAUUCAUGUUUGGCAUUCACUCAAAUUGUCCAGAAUAUUUUUCAAAUCAAUCAGGAACAACUGUAGCUCAGUAAUAUGGCGUACCAUCAUCCAUAAAAAAGCCAUCAUUGUUUGGGAACAUAAAGUCCAUGAAUGCCUAUAAAUGGUCUCCAAUUAGCUGAACAUAACAAAUUCCAGUCAGUUGUCACUUCAGUUGGACGAGAGGACCCAGUUCAUCCCAUGUAAACAUAGCCCACACCAUUGUAGAGCCUCCACCACCUGGAGGCCUCCAUGAUUAUAUUUGACAAAUAUGCUGACAUGGUGUGAAAGUGUUAUACUAACAUAUUUUACAUAAAUGCAUGUAGUAAUAUUUAUUACAAUAUUAUUAUAUAUAUAUCUCACUUACAUAUAAAAUGGUUUAAGUACCUUUCUUUGAAUACUACAGUUUUAUUACAGAUUACAAUUUCCCACAUGUAAUGGUACUAACAUGGUGGUGGAUCAAAAUUCCUUGGUGUUUCACCAGAAAUGAAAUCUCAUAACCUGAAAUUACUUUUAUUGGAAUUCAUACAGUUCAAUGACAAAUGCAACAUACUUGACUUCAAAUUUUCACAUUUUCAAAUUUAUUCAAAUUAAACAUUUUCUAGCUUACACUUCCUUUUAUAUUUCACAAACACCAGACUAGCACAUAUACUUUAUGAUUAAUAGCAGAGGUAACAUAUUAAAUUAACUAUUCUGUAACAAAUUUAACGCUAUUGUCAACACAUACUUGAAUUUCCACAAAUCACAGUUCAUGAGACAACAGACAAUUAGAUAUAAUUUCCAUAGUGCAUUACACACCCAUUGAAUGAAGUAUUGAUCUUCAUGCACACUCUGACAGAGAAAUGAUGAUUGAGUGGGUUUGGAGAGUAAAAUUUCACAUAUGUGUUAAUCAUAUGUUUGUUCACUGUAGACUUACACUAAGAAAUUAACAAAAUACAGCAAAGUUACUAUGUGAUGUUACUGUGAUGACUGCCAAGCCUGGACUCCCAAUAAUUCUUUAACUUCAUAAUGUUAACCUACAAACUGACAUGGAGAUGUUGACUGAUUCCUUUCUGGCUGUAGACUAAAGAUUUCUGGGUGGUGUGGAAUAUACGUUGACUGGAAUAUGUAUAUUUUGUGAUUUUUGGUAAUUACAUUUUAGUUUCUAAAACUACAAAGUGAAUAUUAAGUGGUUUUGAAAACCUAUUGUUUCCAAAAAUAAUCUGAUUUAACUGAA